AUGCUUUUGCGUCCUAGCUCUUCGCAAGCUCUUUUCAUGGAGUGUCCCGUAUUAGUACAGUUCCUACCGCAGCAAGACCCCUCUUUGCGAAUCGUCUACGGUCCUCCACCACCGCCGUCCUACGAGUCCUUCCUCCCCCUCGAUAGCCCAGGUUUUGAGUACAUUCCGACAAUUGACUCAUACAACCUGCUAACCGGCGACUCUGAGGCAUUCAAUUUCUCGACUUUUGGCGACACCUCGGGACUACAAGCGGCCCAGCCGAUCCUUUCGCAUCAUACUCCAGAGUCUCAAAAGCAACAAACAACGCCCGCAGCAAGUGCUCCGAUGAGACAGACCUCCGGCAGCCAAGGCUUGAACAAGUGCGCUAUCAGGAGUGCCAGAACAAAGCCAUUGGAUUCUACCCAUUCGAGUGUCAUGGCACGUGCGGCAAUCCUGAGUGUUGGGUAUAUGGGCGAUGACGCGCAAAGCUACGAUUUUCCGCAAGAGGACUUGCAAUAUGAGUCGUAUACAUCCAAUACUCGUGUUCAUGCAACGGAUUUUCAGGACGAAGACAUGAAUCAGUUCGAAGACUCCACGAUGACCAAGACGCAUAAGAAGGCGAGCUAUCACUCUCAAUUAGGAUCAAGUAACGCCAAUCUACGAUUUACGUACAGGGCUAACGUACCUUCAAACCAAGCCAACCUUGCGCCGUCCCACGUCCGAGGUAUCCAACUCGUACCUACGUCUGACCUUCCGGAUGCCUACCGAGCCAUCUUUCCGUUCAACGCCUUCAAUGCCAUCCAGAGCAGUUGUUUCUCGCACAUUCGGAAAACUGUCCUCUUCGAGUUGGCGAUCGUCAACAUGCUCAAGAACGGGAACAAUCCGAAUUCCAAGUGCAUUUAUAUAGCUCCAACAAAGGCAUUGUGCUACGAAAAGUUCAAGGACUGGCACGACAAGUUUUCGAAACUCGGCGUACAGUGCUGUGAGCUUACGGGCGAUACGGUAUUCUAUGGAAAAGGUGCAUGGGCGAACGCCAAAGACUCUCGGAUAAUCAUUACCACUCCCGAAAAGCUUGACAGUCUUUCUCGGAAUUGGAGUAUUCAUGAAUCCAUGUUCGGCACCAUCAACCUUGUAUGCGUUGACGAGGUUCACAUCCUUGGAGACGAGCGGGGUAGUACUCUAGAAGUGUGCCUUUCAAGGAUGAAAGUCCGUGGUCAAUCACGGUUCAUUCUGGUAUCAGCCACUGUGCCUAAUAGCAAUGAAAUCGCGGCGUGGAUUGGCUCACAAGAUCGAAGAAGUGACGCUCUAUGCAUGAAGUUUGGGGAUGAAUAUCGUCCAUGCAAGCUAAUUCGCCAUAUACACAGUUAUGCUCGUCAAGGUCUCAACAACUUCCAGUUUGAACACGUUCUCGACGCAAAGGUGUAUCCCAUGCUGCGGAAAUACUCUGAAGGCAAGCCGGCGCUCAUCUUUUGCGCCACUCGGAAAGGGGUUGUAACCACGGCACAGGGAGUCGUCAAAGCGUAUAAGCAGGCUAUGAAAAACGGGCAACCCCCACCUUGGCAGAAACCAAGGCAAAGCUGGUCAGUGGCGCAGCCUGAUCUCAAAGAUUUGCUCUCUUUUGGAGUCGGCAUUCAUCAUGCUGGACUCAGUAUUGAAGAUCGGCGAUUCGUCGAGGAGCAAUUCUUGAGCAAUAAGCUUUCCGUCAUGGUUGCAACAUCCACUCUUGCCGUUGGUAUCAAUCUACCCUGUCAUACAGUCAUCGUCAAAGGGCUAGAGAUGUGGGAUGGUUCAAAAAUGAACGAAUACUCUGAUUUGGACAUCGUCCAAAUGAUGGGUCGAGCUGGACGACCGCAGUUUGACCGAGAGGGAGUGGCCGUCGUUCUUUGCGACAACCACCAGAAGCAGCGACUCGAAAAGUUCUGCUUCGGGUCCACGAUUCUGGAGUCGUCGCUUCACCUUUCUUUGGCCGAACACAUCAACUCUGAGGUUGUGCUUGGGGCGAUAACCGACGUUCCAACGGCACGUAAAUGGCUCAAGAGCACAUUUCUUUUUCAGCGCAUUCGACUCAAUCCUUCCUACUACGGCAUCGCAAAUGGAUGCUCAAUUAGGGACUGGGAGUCCUACUUUGACAUGCUUGUAGAGAAAACAAUCACCACUUUAGAGAAAAUUCAACUCAUCUCGCGGGAGGACGGUGGACAUAUUACCUCGACGGCGUUUGGCAGUCUCGCAUCGCGCUCCUACGUGAAGCCUGCCUCCAUGAGCCUUAUGCUGGGGCUUUCGGAUAGUGCAUCCAAGAAGGAUAUCCUCCUCGCCCUUUCUCAAGCUGCAGAAUUCAAAGAUGUUAAAUUGAGGCAAGGAGAGCGAUCAGCUCUCAACAAGCUUUGCCAACAUAUGAACAUUCGAUUUCCAUUGGAGCGAGUCAAUAAGCCAUUUGAAAAGGUCUUUAUAUUGAUUCAGGCCAUUCUCGGCACCAUACCGCUGAACGCUCCAGAGUACAAGAAUCCCGACUGUACCUUCUCGCUCGAGGCAGCCAAAGUAUACAAGCACGCUCUCCGGUUGAUUCGAUGUUUCGUGGAGUCGGCUAUAGCACGCAAAGCGGGGACCUUGCUCAAACUCUGCUUGGAACUCCAUAGAUGUAUCAAUGCCAAAGGUUGGGAGGACCGUACAUCAGUUCUGCGCCAGCUGGAGGGAAUCGGGGAGAAAGGGAUUCAGGCCCUCGCCAGUCACGGUGUCACAACCAUUGAAAAGGUUGCCUCCCUAAAGCCCUAUCAGAUCGAAACGUGGCUCAACCGCAAGCCUCCGUUCGGAAGAGACCUUAUCAAGUCUGCGAAUCGCUUCCCCCAAUGCAUGGUAUCUCUUGAAGAACUUGAUUCCACUCCUUCGAACGGCACCGAUCCCGUACUUCUAUCACUUCAAAUCGGAUGCUCUGCCAAUCUCCGGGAAACCACCUACAAGGGACCAAAGUUGACAUUAGGAGGGGCCUCUGUGCUUACUUUGACAUCUUCUGGCACUCUCGUGGACUAUCGCAAGAUCUCGGUCAAAGCAUUGCUAAACGAAGAGAGGUUCUUUACUGUUGUCGCAAGUCUUCAAAACCCGUCUGAAUCAGUCGAGGUGCAUGUUUCGCCGGAUGAGUAUGCAGGCGUCGCAAUCUCCCUAGAGUACAAGCCCAAGCUGUCGGCAGAUCAAUUCCCGAUACCAGAUACCCGCCCUCUAAUUAAACCGGACCCAGCUCCACUCACGGAACGUACAGAGUCGGUUGACGACAGGUCUGGAACCAGGCGUCAGGUCAAAGCAACCACAGAGCUGAAGCCUCACGGUAUCGAAGUCCAGAACAGCUGUGGUCAUCGUUGCAAGGACAAGUCUUCUUGCCGACAUCGCUGUUGUCAAGAUGAAUCCGCUAAAGUGCAUCAGAAUCGAUCACAUGUGGAAGAGAGGAACAAGGCAAGCAAAAGGCCAGAUCUAUCUACGGCCAUCGAAAGACCCCUAGUGAGACGCGCUUCCCUGGUCACUGGGCUUGAUGAUUUGUAUAAAGACGCAAGGAUUGGGAACAGAACCGAUGGUUUUGCGCGCAUGACGAUCAGACCUGCACUCAGAGUUUUGGACCUCGAGACUUCUAGAGAUGCACCUGAUACUCCCGACAAUAUUGUCUGUAAUUCCGGACCCCCCAAGAAGGAGAAUAUCUCCCGAAUUGACCCCAACAUUUCGCCAUCAACACUACCUCGCGUUCGGGAGGGAACUGCUAUUGGAAGGCGUACCAGGGAUGUUCCUUCCGAUGCUGGAACCCGGCAUGCGAAACGGAUGAAAGUUGACGAUGGUGAUAGCAAGAUGUCAUGGAUCAAGGUGUCGAAAAGUAUCAUCAAUCUUGACAGAUCCGACUCCAAACCCAUCCACUCAUCCGCAAAUCCUCGCACUUCUCUUCCUGAAACUACUCUGAGCUCGGCAAACUUCCAAGCGGAUGAGGAAAGAGAACCUCUAUUUCUUUCCUCGAGCGUACAAGGUGAAGAGGAGGCUUGUACCUCUGAUUUCGAAUUGGAUCCACGCUUCUUCGAGGACUAUGGUGAUAUUAUGGGAGAUUUACCUCAAGAGACCGCAACCAAGUCGACCGCCCAGCUCUCCUCGCCAGUCAAGAUGCAGCAUUCAGACGUGAAAGUCGUAGAAGACUUUGGUGAUGAUCGUGGAGACGGAUUGAUUGGAAGCUUGGACGACGAUGCGGCGUUCGACAAGUUUUUUAGUGGUGUGGAGAUUGUAUGA